AUGGCGAUCGGCGCGUCGGGGACUCGCGGCAUCGCCGGCGUGUUGGCGGCGAUCCUCUUUGGCCUGGCGCUCAGUGUCUGUGGAGGUGUUUUUAAUCAUAUGCGCGGAUCCAAUGCGGGCAUGCUGACCCCAGCGGCCUUUGCCGGCCGUUCGUGCGCAGACAACUGGUGCACAGACUACUGGCUUCAGCACCUAUAUACACGUGCCGUCAUGGCCCUGCCCACUGGCGCCGUGGUGUACUACACAUGUCAACGGCCUGGACUGGCCCUCGUAGUAACAGCUGCCAUGUAUGUCACCAUCUUUGUGGGGUGGGGCACCUACAUGGGCAUGGGUGCACACCCCGACGUCACAGCCCGAACUGGCUUCAUGGACUGGCUCCUGGGACGUGAAGAAGAGAACUGGAGCAAGUUUCGACGCUGGGUGCGCUGCUACGCCGGCAUGGGCAUUCGCGGCCUCCUGUGGACUCUGCCAGCCGGCCACAUUCUGCAUCAUGCAGGGUACAGCUGGCACAUUGCCCUGUGUGGUGCCGUCAUGCCGGCGCUCUACAGUCUGGAUCAUCUGAGUCAUCGCGAAUGGACCUCGCACGAGUGGCAACCCUUGACAUGUGCUGAUCCCCCCUUUUCACAAGAAUGGGCGUUUCAGCUGGGCGGCCCACUCAGCGAGUUUCUCUUUGGUGCCUGGCUUUGGAUGUGCCUGAUUGUUGGCCUCUCGCGGUUUCCUGAGCGCACGAAGGACAAGGCAAACCUUUACCAAACGAUUGGUGGCUUAAGUCUGGGUACCCUGGCACUUUUGGUCUCCCUUGGGGUACAAACAUACAAGCGCUGGAGUUCACCUUCCAGUCGUGGCUAUCAGACCAUUCAAAACAGCGAUCAUGAUGAGGACGACAGUGACGACGACGACACGGCAGCCGCUUCGGCUGAUCUGAGUGGCGUCGCUCCAGCCUGGUUCUUUGAAGUCACAGCACGUCGCGAGGUCAAGGUCUACCGGUUCUGGGAAUGGACCCUCAGCUUGGCCACGUUGGCCAGCACCGUCUUGACACUUGGCUUUGCCGUCACCUGUUUCGUCUGGAACAUUCACACUGCCCGCUAUUGUCCCGACUGCUAA